AUGGAACCCCCCGCCGGAUUUCCCAUACGUUCAGAGCCCUCCCAGCCUGUGGCUUCAGUUAGCGUUUCAUCCCAAACUCGAUAUGAUGCCCCAAUCCAAGGGAAGGUUGAUACUACAGCAGAGGAACACCUCAAUGCUCCGCCUAGGGAAGAUUUCGGUCCUUCGGCUGAAGAAAAAUUUGGGGCUCCGGCCGAGAUCCAAACAAAUAUGGAUGGAUCAAAUAAGGGCGGCGGCGGUGAAGCUCAAUCUGGACAACCGUCAGAGGUGUCUUACCCCGAAGGGGGGCUGAGUGCGUGGUUGGUCGUUAUCGGAUCUUGCUUUGGGACAGCUGUGGCCCUUGGGAUGAUGAACACAGUUGGUACUUUCCAUUCAUAUAUCGGUGAACAUCAGCUCAAAGAAUACGAUGAAGGCACUGUUGGAUGGAUCUUCAGCGUUUUCAUUUUCCUUGGAUUUUUCGGAGGCAUCCAAGUUGGACCCGUGUUCGAUGCUCGAGGUCCUAAAAUGCUCAUGCUCGCCGGCAGCAUCUGCAUGUGCACCAGCAUGAUGCUUCUCGGUUUAUGUACCGAGUAUUGGCAUUUUAUGUUGUGUUUCGGAGUGCUCGGUGGUAUAGGGGCAUCCCUAAUCUUUACCCCCGCGCUCUCAGCGGUAAGCCAUUUCUUCCUCGAAAAGCGAGGAACUGCAACUGGCAUCGCCGCAGCAGGGGGCUCUCUUGGCGGCGUCAUCUUCCCGCUGGCUUUGCAAAAACUAUUCCCAACGGUGGGCUUUGCCUGGGCUACUAGAAUCAUUGGAUUCGUAAACAUCUUUUGCUGCGUCGUCGCAGUCAUUUUAGUUCGCUCUCGGCUCCCCCCAAAGCCUGGGCAGACGGUUAGGCCCAGCCUCCGAAUAUUCCGUGACCCGUCAUAUCUACUUUUUACCGUGGGACUCUAUUUCAUGGAGUGGGCUCUCUUCGUUCCGAUAACGUACCUUACUUCUUUCGCCUUGUCGACAGGUGCCAUGACUCCGGAGUUUUCGUAUCAGCUCAUUGCCAUAAUGAACGCAGGCUCGUGCAUCGGUCGAUGGGCGCCUGGAUACAUCGCCGACAAACUAGGCCGUUUCAACAGCAUGAUCGCAGCACUCGCCCUUUGUACAGCCGUGACUGUAACCCUCUGGCUCCCGGCCUCGAUCCUAUUUUCGAACGACUCCUCGUCUGCAGCUAUCAUCAAAGCACUUUCCAUUGUGUAUGCGCUCAUUUUUGGCUUCGCUUCUGGUUCCAACAUAUCAUUGACACCAGUAUGUGUGGGCCAACUUUGCGACACAAGUGAGUACGGCAGGUACUAUGCAACCUGCUACACAAUUGUUUCUUUCAGCACACUAACAGGUAUCCCAAUUGCUGGAAGGCUUGUGCAAGCGGCCGGUGGACGCUACUGGGGCGUUGUCAUCUGGACCGGAGUUUGCUAUAUUGUAUCUUUGGGCUGUUUUAUCUGGAGCCGUGCCUGUUGUGUUGGCUGGAAGUUGGGCGUGAAGUUUUGA